AUGAGUAUGAAUAUGAGUAUGACUACGAAUAUGGGUAGGAGUACUAAUAUGAGUAUGAGUACGAAUAUGAGUAUCAGUACUAAUAUGAGUAUGAGUACGAAUAUGAGUAUGAGUACGAAUAUGAGUAUGAGUGCGAAUAUGAGUAUGAGUGCGAAUAUGGGUAUGAGUACGAAUAUGAGUGCGAAUAUGGGUAUGAGUACGAACAAGAGUAUGAAUACGCAUAUGAGUAUGAAUACGAAUAUAAAGUAUGAAUAUGAUUAUAAGAAUGAAUAUGAAUAUGAGUAUGAGUACGAAUAUGAGUAUGAGUACGAUUAUGAGUAUGAGCAUGAAUAUGAUUAUGAGGACGAAUAUGAGUAUGGGUACGAAUAUGAGUAUGAGUACGAAUAUGAGUAUAAGUACGAAUAUGAGUAUGACUAUGAGUAUGAAUAUGAACAUAAGAAUAAAUAUGAAUAUGAGUAUCAAUAUGAGUAUGAGUACGAAUAUGAGUAUUAG